AUGGAUACUCUGGAGGAGGUGAUGCGAAGGUUCUCGCUCUCAAAUUCAGAAAAAGAGGGCGUGUGGUUGGAUGAGGAGGAGAUCACAAAAGGAGUGGAGGAAUGCAGCCUGAGUCUGAUAGGGAAAGUUUGGGGAGAGAAGAAAGCAAAUUCUACUGGAGUUAGGAGCUUUGCGGAUAAUAUGUGGCUCCAUCCUAAAAAUCUGAAGGUAACGGAGAUCCGGACAAAUCUAUUUCAAUUCUCGUUUGGUCUAAAAUCAGAUCUGGAUCGAGCCUUGAAUGGGAGACCAUGGAUUUAUGAUGGACAGCCGUUAAUACUAUUGAAAUGGAGGGAGGGCAUUGAGGAUGAUUUGGAAGUGUUUGAUAAGGGGAGGAUUUGGAUACAGGUAUGGAAUCUUCCCCUCCAUUGGUUAACUAAAGAGGUAGGUAGGAAGAUAGGAGGAAUCUUUAGUGAAGUACUUGAGGUAAUUGUUCCUCCUGGAGGGGGGAAGGAGGGGAAGCAUAUGAAGAUGCUGGUGGAAUUUGACUUGACUAUGCCUCUUCCAAGGGGUACUACGGUUAAGUUUAAUGGGAAGGGGAGAUGGGUAGAGUUUCGUUAUGAAAAAUGCCCGGAUUUUUGCUUCUGUUGUGGUAUUAUUGGUCAUUCUGAGAAGAACUGUGGCUUGAAGGGCUCGACUAUGAAAAGGGAGCAACAAUAUGGCAAUUGGCUUAGGGCAAGCUUUCCCAGGAGUCCUAAUAGGAAGGGUAGUAGUGAGAAGGAGCGAAAUCCAAGUAGUAAUACUGACAAGGAUUCUGGGCCGUGUCACAGGAGCCAUGCUGAAGGUACAAAUUUGCUUCUGAAAUAUACUGAUGACUAUCAUGGUAAGGCAAGGAUUACCACAGAGACAGCAGAUGGUACUAGAGGACUGAGAAGGGGGAGUGAGGGUAAGGAAAACAUACUGGAGGAUGAGGUAAGCACAGGGAAGAAAGAGAAGGAGGUACAAGGGAGUGGAGAUUUGGGGGUUAGGGGGUCAGUUAAGAGGGAAAUCACUACAGGGGAGAGGGCUCAGGGAGCUGGGGAGGGGUUGGAUGAUGUGCGAGGGUUAGAGCAAAAUUCAGAAGAAGGGAUGUAUGAUCGAGGGUGGAUGGAUAGUGGGGAAGGGAAAGAAACGGAUCAACUCAUAGCAGUGGAAGUGAGGGAGGUCAGUAUGGAGAUCACUGACGAAGGGGAGGUUAGGUAUGGGGGGCUGAAAGCUAAUUAUCAGGAAGUAGAGAAAGGAAAGGGAAGGAACUACAGGGGUUGGAAGAGGGUAGUACAGGGUAGGGGGAGGAGGGAACCCCUGAGGGAGGUGUCAAAUGGGAUAUUAGUGUUGGAAUCAGGGAAGAGGAAAGGUGAUGAGGUCAUGGGAGUAAAGGAUGGGACAAGUGAAACUGGCAGUAAUUGGAAGAGGAACAGGAGGUCUGUUCAGGAGGAAUGUUUUAUGGAUACUUCUGAGGUGGUGGAGUCCUCCCUAAAUGGGGCUCCCAAGAUCCAAUGA